ACAAGCUAGCUGUGAUGAUUAUGAAGAAGAAGAAUGAUGGUUUUAAGGUUGAUAUUUCCUAGAUAUAUAUGAUGUGUUUGUUGUUUACUCAGUAGCUUUGCAUGCAUGUAAUCUGUUUGUGUUUUUGUCUCUCUGAGUAACAACUGAGAUUUUAUAUUAGUUAGUGAUUUGAGUGGAGAAUUGGGAUUGAGAAUGGCGCAAUUACCUCCGAGAGUGCCGAACAUGGCGCCCAAUUGGCACGACUUUGCUCUCCAGAAGCCGCCGCCGCCGCCUGCGGCGGCGGCGGCGCCGUCGUGGGUGGACGAAUUCCUGGAUUUCUCGUCGGCGAAGCGCGGCUCGCACCGGAGAUCGAUUAGCGACUCCAUUGCCUUCCUGGAGAGUCCAAUGGUGGAGGAAUGCCGGCGGCUCUCCGCUCCCUCCGCCGGCGGCUCAGGCGGGAUGAAUAUCAACGCCGCCGAGUUCGAGAGAUUCGACGACGAGCAGCUCAUGUCGAUGUUUAACGACGAUAUCGCGACGUCGAUUGGGCCCAACUCCAACCCCUCUUCGCCGUCCGAUCACAACAGCAUCAACGAAGAUACCAAAAUGAUAUCCGCCUCCGAUCACCACCUCCAGCAUCCGGCGCAGGAGCUCAAAACCGAGCCGGAGGAAGUGCAAAGCUCAUGCAAGUCCGACGAUCAAACCGCCGCCGCCGAUAACUCCUCCGAAAAAAUAGUCGAUCCAAAACGAAUUAAAAGGAUUCUGGCCAACAGACAAUCAGCGCAACGAUCACGGGUGAGGAAGUUACAGUACAUAUCCGAGCUGGAGCGUAGUGUUACCACGCUACAAGCUGAGGUUUCAGUGCUGUCGCCGAGGGUUGCAUUUCUGGACCACCAACGUCUGGUUCUGAAUGUGGAUAACAGUGUGCUGAAGCAAAGAAUCGCAGCUCUUGCACAAGAUAAAGUCUUCAAGGAUGCUCACCAAGACGCAUUGAAAAGGGAGAUAGAGAGGCUGAGGCAAAUUUAUUACCAACAGAACUUAAAGAAGAUGGAGGAUGGUACGCCACCACAACCACCGCCUGCUGAAACUAAUGGUGGUGCUUCUGAGAAGGAAGAACAACUUGCCAAUUGAUCAAUUUAAGAAGGAACAAAUUCACAGGGGAGAAAGAAGACUAGUGCAUUUAUGUAAUGUGGGAGUGGAGCCUACAAAAAUUUCUUUGCAUGGGGGAGACAGGAUAAGGGCACUUGGAUCUCUGCAGAGACUGCAGUGAACCCUAAAAACACAGGGACCAUCAGUCCAUCACAGGGCUGCUUUUCUGCUUAGGGAUUUGGGUGUUUUUUUUUUUUUUUUUAAAUAUAUUUUUCCCUUCUUUUUGUCAGUCUUUUCAUUGGGUUUUUUUUUUUUAAGAAAAAAAUCUGGAAGCCAAGUGAUGAAGUGAUACUGCAUUUUCUCAUUUGCCAUGUCUCUGUAAGACUUUUCAUUGUUUCAUGGUCCCUUUUUUUUAAUGUUUUUUUUGGGUGGGAUUCUUUGUAUUUCAUGUAAGCUCCUUCAAGAAAGAAAAGAAAAAAGAAUUGUAAAUAUUUUUUUUUUUAAA